AAAGCACAGUCCAAAAACAGUCCUCGAAUCUUCAUUAAGAAAAAACUUCAUAAUAGAUAAAUAAUCACCUCUGUCUAAACAUAGCUAUAUAUCUUUCCAUUUUAUUUUAUACAGUAUAAAACGAUGGCGGCCAAAAAAAGUGUACAAAAGAAAAGCAAUAAUACCAGUAAUAAGAUAAUGAAUAAAAACGCUUCAAAAUCUAAAAAGAACCAAACAACCAUUAUAACUAAUUCUCAAAAAAAGAAUAAAAAGAACAAAGAUCAAAAGGUUAAAGAUAAAAUACCCGAAUAUGUUAGUGUACCAAAUCAAGAUGUUGAUGAUGAUCUUGUUGUUUCAGAGGAUGAUCUUGAAUUCUUUUCAGAAAACAAAGGCUUCACAUCUUUCCUGACAAAUUUAGAUUCUAAAGAAUUAACAAAGAAUGUUAAAAAAGAAAGAAAAACACCUGCUAAAAAACCUGUCAAAGAACAAAACGAAGGUUUAGAUUCCUCUUCUGAAGAAGAGUUUGAUUCAGAAGAAGACUUGGAUAAUUUUGAAGAGGUAACUGACGAUGAUAAUGAAGAGGAAUUAGAUUUAGAUGAUGAAGAGCAAAUGAAUCAAUUAUUAGCAGAGGCUGAAGAGGAACAUAAUUUGAAUAAAAAGGCGAAAAAAAAGACAACAUCUAACGAGUCUGAUGAAGAAAUGGAAUAUGAGUUAAAGCCUAGAAAGGUGGCUAACGAAUGGACCAAGAAAGAUUAUCAUAAUAAACUACCUAUUAAAUUACCCGGUGGAAAAAUUGCCCAAGUGAAGGAAGAAGAGGCAAAACAAGAAGAGGAAGUGACAAUUGCUAGUGAUGUUGAACAAGAAGACUUUAGUACAAAAGAAGAAGAAGAAAAAGUUGAAGAUCAUGAAGAGGAUGAACAAGUAGAGGAAGAACCAAAGCUAUCCAAGCGAGAAUAUUUAAUCAAAAUAAAGGAAGAAUUAGCUACAAUUGCUAGUGAUCUUCAAGCUGAUCCUGAAGAGAAUAUUACACAAUUGAAAAAGCUUCGUGAUAUGUAUAAGAAAGAAGAGAAUGCAACUAUUAAAAAGUUAAUUUUAUUGACACAGUUAGCUGUAUACAAGGAUAUUAUUCCUGGUUAUCGUAUUCGACCCUUGACUGCUCUUGAAGAACAAACACAAGUAUCAAAAGAAGUUAAACGAAUGAGAGAUUAUGAAAAGACAUUACUUAAUAACUAUGAAGCUUAUUUGAAGGAUUUGAACGCAUUAUUAACAAAAAAAAAGACAGAAGAAGAUGCAUCUAUGGCAAUGGUUGCUACUCGUUGUUUAUGCGAACUUUUAGUUUCAAAGACACAUUUCAACUUCCGUUUAGAGAUUAUGGUAGCUGUAGUAACGCGAAUGAGUUCUGUUAAAUGGAAUGAAGCAGCACAAUUAUGUAGUGAAGCAUUGGUAACAGUAUUUGAAAAUGAUGAGUCUGGUAAAGCAUCACUUGACGCUAUCAAAAUGAUUAUUCGUAUGAUUAAAUCAAAGGGAUAUGUUAUUCAUGAGAAUGUGAUCAAUAUCUUUUUACAUCUUCGUUUAAGGGAUGAAAUGGCGUUACCACAUGCUAAAAAAGAUGAAGAAGAGCAAGUGGGUAAAAAGAGAAAGAAUAAGAACAAGCCUUUCUUAACUAAGAAAGCACGAAAGACAUUAAAAGAAACAAAAGAGAUUGAAAAAGAAUUUCAAGAAGCUGAAGCUGUUGUUAGUAAAGAAGAAAAAGAAAAAAAUCAUACAGAAACUUUAAAGCUGAUGUUUGCAUUUUACUUUAAAAUCUUAAAGAAGCAAACAUCUUCACCCCUUUUGCCAGCUGUCUUGGAAGGACUCUCUCGAUAUGCCCAUUUAAUUAAUGUCGAUUUCUUUGAUGACCUUUUGAAUGCACUUCGUGAAGUAAUGCAAUUAUUUGAAGAUUCUAAUGCAAUUUCUCGUACAAGUUCAGGUACUCGCAAAAGAUUACUUUGUAUCAUUACGGCAUUUCAACUAUUAUCUGGACAAGGUGAAGCACUCAAUUAUGAUCUCAAAGAUUUUUAUAAAGAAAUUUACAAGAUUUUAUUCAAAGCUACUUUCCAUACUAAAAUUGAAGAGAAGCCUGAUUCACAAAAGGAAACCGAGAGUGAAAUGUUGAUUAAAGGACUUGAACUUAUGUUUUUGAAAAAACGACAAAUUCCCAUAGAUCGAUUAGCUGCUUUUAUCAAACGAUUUGCCUUGGUAGCACUUCAUAUGCCUAAUAAGACAGUUUUACACUGUUUAGCCUUAGUUCACCGACUUAUUCAGAAAGAUCAUCGUUUAGACGCACUUUUGCAAUCAGAAGAUAGAGCAUCAAGUGGUAUAUACGCACCAUUAUUGGAGGAUCCUGAACUUUGUAAUCCUUUUGGUACAAGUUUAUACGAGCUUUUCCUUUACCAGGUAUUUUACAUAGAUAUACACAUAUAUAUAUAUUGUCCAAGUUAAUUCACUAAUUUGUUUUAAUAUAUUAGAAUCAUUAUGACCCUCAAGUUAGAAAUUUAGCUAAAGUAUUACAACAGCCUACUCAAUAAAUCCCGAGGGGAUUUUUUUUUUUUUUGUUUCAAAUAAAA